AUGCAUACGGAGGAGGGCGGCGAAACCGCCGGCUUCGAGUGCAAUAUUUGCUUCGGAUUAGCUGAAGAUCCGGUGAUCACCCGUUGCGGCCAUCUCCAUUGCUGGCCGUGCCUCUACGAAUGGCUCCGAUUCCACUCGCAAUGCCACGAAUGCCCCGUUUGCAAGGCCCUGAUCCGAGAUGAGGAGUUGAUUCCGCUCAAUGGAAGGGGCGGCGCCACGUUUCAGCGUCGUCGUCGGCCGCCGGCGCAGAGCGGCAGAUUUAUGCCUAGGGUUGUAUUUUCUGGAUUGAAUGGGUAUGGUUCGUUUGGUGGGGGAAAUGAGGAGGUUGGGGAGGGUUUUUGA